AUGUCCCUUUUCCAUGCCAAUGCCGGACAGGCGGAAAUUAUCCGCAGUGUACAGAAGGACCAGGAACACAUCGAGUACAUACGGACGGCGCUGAGUGAGGUAUUGUUGCUGCUGAGCCAACGGCACUGGUUUAAGUACAAUGCGCUGUGUAAGCUGAUUGCCGAAGUUCUGUACCAUCAUUACGCUAUCCUGAACAAUCUGCAAACGCUCGGUGAAGAGUACACCGGGAUUAUACAGGUCGAUGCGAACUAUGUGCUGCUGCCGAACAAAGCACUCCAGCUGCUAGCGAUUCUGCUCGAGUACGGUGGUGAGCAUGUGGUUGAUCGGGUCCUUACCUACCUCCAGACGGAAAUUGAUCGCAGCGAAGAGUUGCUGGAUUCCGUCAAAACGGCUCUCCACAAGCUGAUCGAUACGUUGCGUGUGGUCGUACCGUACGUGCGUGGAUUCCACACCAGCCUGUUCUACAUCAACGGUGGAAAGUAUCACAUAUCGAAACGAUUGACUGGCAUUAACUAUGUUCUUAUUCGCAACUGGCUGAAGGAAGAUCAUUCCAUCUACGGGUAUAAGGUGCUGGGUUACGUUACCCUUACCCAGCUUAUACUAGCGCUGGUCGCACGUUACCGGCAGUAUCGGGUCGACCCAAAGGCUAAAUCGAUGCCGCUCGCACCCCCAUCCAGCGGGAAACGGUUGUCUGGUGUGCUCGCACCAACACGCAGCUGUGCACUCUGCAUGGACACGGCACAGGACAUCAGCGUUACGCAGUGUGGGCAUCUAUUUUGCUGGCACUGUAUACUGAACUGGCUGGACCAGCGUCAAAUAUGCCCGAUUUGUCGUGAAGCGAUCAAGAAAACGCGCGUGGUAAGGUUGCAGAAUUUUUCCGUUCCGCAGGAGCUGCCGAGCUAG